UUCUCUUCAAUUGCGUGAUCAUCUCUCUCUCUCUCUCUCUCUCUCCUUGCUUUGGAUUGUCUUCAAGCCUUCGCCGUCCUUUUCCACGUCGUCUGCAUCCACUCGCUCCGCCGCCGCCGCAGCCGCAGCCGCCGUCCAUCCGAUUCAUGCGAAGCCGACGGCAAUAAUAAGAAGAAGAAGUAGAAAAGGAUGAACCUUUGGGCCGACGACAACGCCUUCAUGAUGGAGGCUUUCAUGUCCCCCUCCGACCUCCACUCCUCCUUCCCAUGGGCGCCCACCCCAGGUCCUCCUAACUCAACUACUCCCUCUUCCUCCACCGCCUUCUUAUUCAACCAGGACACCCUCCAGAAGCGGCUGCAGACGCUGAUCGAGGGCGCACGGGAAGGCUGGACCUACGGCAUCUUCUGGCAGUCGUCGAUCGACGCAGUCACCGGCGCUUCCUUCCUACGCUGGGGCGAUGGCUACUACCGCGGAUGCGACGAGGACAAGCGGAAGCAGUCGACCGCCAGCGUCGCCGAGCGGGAGUACCGCAAGCGCGUCCUGCGGGAGCUCAACUCGCUGACCUCCGGCGGAGGGGCCGACGAGGCCGUCGAGGAGGAGGUCACAGACACCGAGUGGUUUUUUCUGGUUUCCAUGACCCAGUCCUUCAUCGACGGCGCCGAUCUCCCCGGCCAAGCCUUCUACUCAAGGGUUCCUUCUUGGGUAGCCGGCGCCGGCCGGCUGACAUCGUCUCCGUGGGAACGCGCCCGUCAGGCUCAGAUGCUCGGCAUCCAGACCAUGGUCUGUGUCUCCGUCGGGUCCGGAGUGCUCGAGCUAGGUUCCACCGACUUGAUUCCGCAGAGACCAGAGAUCAUAGGCAAGAUCCACGCUCUCUUCAAUUUCAACUCCCCCGACGCGGCCUCCGCCGAGACCGCCACGCCUGCAUCUUACCUCCCGCCGGAAUCCGCAGAGGUGAAUCCCGCAGCCGACCAGGGCGAGGCAGAUCCGUUACACUGGCUCACAGAUCCGUCCAUCGCCGAGGUCAAGGACUCGGUUUCCCCUCUUUCUGCAACUCCCGCCAUCUCCCUCACAAAAUCCCCAAUUCAGUUCGAUAGCAACCCUAGCUCUUCGAUCCAGGUCCAGAAAAUCCAGACACAGACCCCGCCGUCUUCGUCCAAAGAGUACACGUACUCCGAAUUCGUCUCUAAUGGAGCAGUCCGCCCUCACUCCGUCAAGCCGGAGUCCGGCGACAUCCUUGAUUUCGCCGGUGGCAAGAGGAACCCUUCGCCAGCCCCUACCACCGGCAGCCUCUUCUCCCACCAUCAGGCCAACGUCUUGGCGGACGACAAGAAGAACAACAGACCCACUGGAGAGACAUCCCGGGCGAGCAACAACGAUGAGGGCUUGGUUUCUUUCUCCUCAGCUCCCGCGAGACCAUCGUCCAAUGGCCAAUUGAAGUCGACUUCCGCGGCCACAGCUGCCCCUGACUCGGAUCAGUCCGAUCUCGAGGCGUCGGUGCGCGAAGUGGAGAGCAGCCUGGUGGUGGAACCAGAGAAGCGGCCGAGGAAACGCGGCCGUAAGCCCGCCAAUGGACGGGAGGAGCCUCUGAACCAUGUAGAAGCAGAACGGCAGCGCCGCGAGAAGCUUAACCAACGAUUCUACGCUCUCCGUGCAGUCGUCCCCAAUGUGUCCAAGAUGGACAAGGCCUCCCUCCUCGGGGACGCAGUCUCCUACAUCAAUGAACUCCGGUCAAAGCUCCAAGCUUUGGAAAUUGACAAGGAGGAACAUCAAGGACAGAUCGAAGCCCUCAAAAAAGCAGGGAAAGAUGAGCUUAAGAUGAUGAAUGCCGGUGGCGGCGGCCGGUGUCACGCUGUCGAGAUCGAAGUGAAGAUACUCGGAAUGGAAGCCAUGAUCAGAUUACAGUGUCAUAAAAGGAACCAUCCAGCUGCAAAGCUUAUGGCUACACUAAAAGACCUUGAUCUCGAAGUAUAUUAUGCAAGUGUCUCGGUCGUGAAGGACCUCAUGAUCCAACAAGUAACAGUGAAGAUGUCGAGCCAGGUUUACACACAGGAGCAGCUCAACUCUGCUCUCUACUCCAGAUUAGCUGCCGAGGCAUUGAUUACUCGAUAAUUUUCUACUGCAGGCCUACUAAUGUGUAACACUUUUGGUGCGGGAGGAGUUCUUAGAUCAUGCUCAACUGUCUCAUGUUCGACGUUGUGUAUUACCACAAGUGGAACACAGUUUGUAUCAGAAUUGCAGUAACUUGCUCGAUAGACAAGCAUGGCCGGUACAGUAGAAUGUGUAUAUGUAUGCUGCAUCUAUUAGUUAAUAUUAGCUUUAUUAUUAUCAGAUAAGAGACUGCUUUUCAGAAGAUCUUUGAAGCGGAAUAAGGUGUCAGAGUGUGACUCCGUGAAUAAUGAUGUAGUUUAUGCAUUUUUGUUGUUGUGAGAUUGAUCUUCUUCAACCAAUUAAUGUUUUUCUUAGGCGUC